CAGUACCCAGGCGGCACUGUUCCAGCCUACAGUACAUUCUGCUGCUUAUCCGGGGAUGUCACACCGCUGCUAUUUUCUCCCCUCAGUCCCUCUCACUCUCAGCCUACAGCUCAAGCGGACUGACACGGGGCUUUGGAUAGAAAGAACGAACAAUAAGAUACAAAACAGAGGCCAAAAUGGCAGAGCUUGGAGCGGGAAGCCUGCCGUUAGGGGAUCCUGCUUUUAAUUACCAGGAACACGAACUGAACGAGCGACUGAAACGGCUCUACCCGGCUGUGAACGAGGAAGAGACCCCUUUACCCCGAUCCUGGAGCCCCAAGGAUAAAUACAGCUACAUUGGGCUGUCACAGAACAACCUGCGGGUCCAUUACAAAGGCCAUGGUAAGAACCACAAGGAUGCAGCAUCAGUGCGAGCCACACACCCGAUCCCUGCUGCCUGUGGGAUCUACUACUUUGAAGUCAAGAUUGUCAGCAAAGGUCGAGACGGGUACAUGGGCAUUGGCCUGUCUGCCCAGGGAGUCAACAUGAACAGACUGCCUGGAUGGGACAAGCACUCAUACGGUUACCAUGGAGAUGACGGCCACUCCUUCUGCUCCUCCGGGACUGGCCAACCAUACGGCCCAACAUUUACCACGGGGGAUGUGAUUGGCUGCUGCGUUAACCUCAUCAACAACACUUGCUUUUACACCAAAAAUGGCAUCAGUUUAGGUGUAGCCUUCACAGACCUCCCUCCCAACCUAUACCCUACUGUGGGGCUUCAAACUCCGGGCGAGAUCGUAGACGCUAACUUUGGCCAGCAGCCAUUUGUCUUCGACAUCGAGGACUACAUGAGCGAAUGGCGGGCUAAGAUCCACGGCAUGAUCGCUCGCUUCCCCAUAGGAGAGAGGCUGGGGGAGUGGCAGGCCGUCCUGCAGAAUAUGGUUUCCAGCUAUCUGGUGCAUCAUGGGUACUGUGCCACUGCAACAGCCUUCGCCAGAGCCACAGAGACCAUGAUACAAGAGGACCAGACAUCUAUAAAGAACAGACAGAGAAUACAGAAGCUGGUGCUGGCAGGACGGGUGGGUGAAGCCAUAGAGGCUACUCAGCAGCUUUAUCCCGGCCUGUUAGAACACAACCCCAACCUACUAUUCAUGUUGAAGUGUCGUCAGUUUGUGGAGAUGGUGAAUGGUACAGACAGCGAGGUUCGCUGCUUGACCAUUCGCUCCCCCAAGUCCCAGGACAGUUACCCUGGCUCACCCAGCCUCAGCCCCCGCCACGGAGCCAGCAACACACACCUGCACACCGGAGGAGCAGACAGUCCAACCUGCAGUAACGGAGUGACUCCCCCCAACAAGUCAAAGAGCCACAGUGGUACUGGCAGCAGCAGCGUCAAAUACCCCAGCGUGUCCUCCUCCGCCUCCUCUUCCACCUCCUCCUCCCCUUCCUCCGUCAACUACUCCGAGUCCAACUCCUCAGACUCCACUAAGAGUCAGCCACACAGCGCCAACAGCACCCAGGAAACCAGUGACAGUGAGAUGGAGAUUGAGGCAGAGCACUAUACCAACGGGGUUGUCGAGGGCUCCUCAGCGCGGAUCAUGAAUGGCACAUACAAACACGAAGAGAUCCUUCAGCCAGACGACAACAGCAUUGGCAAUGGAGUCACAGAUGAGGGUUGUAGUAAUGGCAGACAGCUUUGUGGAGGGAACCAGGCAGCCACAGAGAGGAUGAUCCAGUUUGGACGGGAGCUGCAGGCGCUCAAUGAACAGCUGUGCCGUGAGUACGGCAAGAACGCCACACACAAGAAGAUGUUACAGGAUGCAUUCAGCCUGCUAGCGUACUCUGACCCGUGGAACUGCCCCGUGGGCCAGCAGUUAGACCCUACGCAGAGAGAAUCCCUCUGCUCCGCACUCAACAGCGCCAUACUGGAGUCCCAAAAUCUGCCUAAGCAGCCUCCGUUGAUGUUAGCGCUCGGCCAGGCCACAGAGUGUGUUCAGCUCAUGGCCCGAGUCCGGUCUGGUUCCUGCUCCUUCGCCAGAGUAGACAACUUUUUGCACUAGCCCAGGUCCAGGUUAAUGUUAAGUAGCACUGAGAGAAGGCAUGUCCAGCAGGUAGUUGUCAUGGCGACGGAGGAAAGAGCAUGCGUGUGAUUGGUGUGUUUGGCUGUCCGUCAGACCGAGCCAGCGGCACAGAGGAGCAGAGGAGAGCGGGAGAGAAGAAAGCUUCCUUUUAAUUUAGUAUUAUCAAAUAAAGAAAUGUGUGACACUAUUUAAAGAUAAUUAAUUAUUAUUCUGUUUAUCUAGCCAUUUUUAUAGUUCAUUUUUUUGUCAGUUUGUUGUGCUCAUCCUGGACAAAAAAAAUUGUAAAUCCCCCCCUUUUUAUUUUUUUCUUAUGUUUUAAUAAUGGGUGGAUUUUAAUUCCCUACGAUCAGUAUUUUACUCGCAUUGUUGUUGUUCACCAUAUCACAGACCACAGUACCCACAUCUGGUUACCACAGUGACCCCCAUGACUACAGGUCACAAAACCUGACGUCUAUGAACAUCAUCUUUGUUAAGAUACAGAUGACAGACAGACUGAGUCCUUUACCCCAAAAAAUACAUUAAAAAAGAACAAUUGUGGAUUGUGUGGAGCGGAUCAUUAGAUCUGGUCAAGGCUGAUGCGACACAGUCGUAAAAACAACCACUGAUAUAAAAUAGAAAAUAGACUGAUGUGAGAAAAGUGGUUCCUUAAAUUAUUCCACAAAGUUGGAAAUAAAAAUUAAGUAAGGGAAUGCUUCAAAUAUAAAAGACAUUGCGCCAUAGACGCAUAAUGAAAAAAAAAAAUCAUCCUUGGAAAAAACAUACUUGAAGGGUCUCUGUAGUGGAGAACCAGGGAGAAAUGGUGAUGACAAGGCAUUUAAUUGGAAUAUUGGAGGUGUUGGACCCUUAAUUUUAGUGUAACAACCACAGCAUCGUCCAAUCAGUGAUGUCGUUGCAGGUGGCAGAGCUCAGCAGCUGCAGCUACAACACCUGCUCUCAAGACCCAACAUAACACUGUUAUCAUGGUCGCCUUGAUGCCAGCAUAAAGAAAAUCAGUUUCAAAGGCAGACUAACAAGCACAGUGUGUGGGCGGCCAAAAGUCAAGUCACCCCUGGGGAUUUCAUUACUUUUUUUUCUCACAUUGUCCACUGCCUUUCCUGUGCUGUGCAUAUGCUGUCGCAAUUACAGUUUUCAAAAAAAAAAGAGCUGAAAUAAUUUGCCAAACCAGAAGUUUUUUUUUUCUUCAGGGUGAUAAUUGUGAUUGUGAUAAGUAAGCCACAGUAUUUCUUUCAUUUGGGGCAUUUGAUUUCAAACCUCUCAAAGGUUAUUAGGCCAGCUGUGUGUGCGUUGGAGAAGGGCUUUUUCCUCCAACUCAGAUCCCUCCAUUUCACCCAUAAACUUCACUUAACUAUAUCCUACCCGCUAUUGAACAGGAGGACAUAGACAAGUUUAUUUCUGUGGCCCACAACCACAUGUUUGUCCCAACUUUUUAUUGUUCAGUUUUUCCCAUGAGAUUUCCCACGUUGUAUUGAGCCUCAAAGUGUUAAAUAUUAAAGGUCAAGUGUGUAGGAUUUAGUGACAUCUAGUGGUGAGAUUGCAGAUCGCAACCAGCUAAACCUUUCAUGUGUGUCAAGAAUGUGGGAGAGCUACGGUGGCCAAUGCGGAAACACAAACAUCCCUGUCUAAAGCCAGUGUUUGGUUGUUUGUUCUGUGCUACUGUAGGACAACAUGGCGGACUCCAUGGAAGAUGUCCCGCUUAGUAUAGAGACAACAAUUCUUAGUUUCAGGUGAAAAUAAACUAAUAUAAAAAUUAGUUAUGAAUAUUAUAUUUCAUUGAUGCCAGUUAAUGUCCCUAUAUCCUACACGUUGGACCUUUUCAGUGACUGAAUAAUACAUUUUGAAAUAAAUAUUAUUUGCAUAAAUGGAGUAAAAAUUCUAUAAUUGAACCAAUAAAUUGUGAAAUAAUUAAUGUUCCAUAUGCUGGUCUACAGAGUGUUCCAGGGAUGACAUCUUUCUGUAGGCAAAGAAGGAAGUAAGCAUUGCUCUUGUUCCCUUUUGGAUUAUUAAUUAUUAUCGUUUUGGAUUAUUGCAGAAAAAAACCCCUCUGUGGUUAACUAAUACUUACAGCAAGAUACAACAAGAUAAUCGUCACAUAUGAAUGCCACGUUUUUGAUUUUUGGAGCCUAAAUGCAAUCAGCAAAAACAAAAAGUUAACGUUUUGCUAUAAAUAAACUACAUGUCGCAGGACUUACAUGUUGCUGCCGCAACUAGGCUGUAAAGCCAUGGUCGGCAUGAUGACAUUUGGUUUAGCCACUUGUUAGCAACCUUCUUUUUUAAGACGCAUAAAAGCUUUAAAAUUCAGGAGUGGGGUAUUAACUGACAUAUUUCAGUUCAAUUGUGAGAAUCUGUUGAGGUUGUGUUAACCACAGACUUUAUUUCAGGCAUCUAACUAAAAACCCAUUUACUUUGAGACAAGGAAACCAGGAGUCCUAAAAUGAUAACUCUUUUCCAGGGUUUGCAUGCCCCCAGUAAUGCUGCUCAGCCUUGCAGCCAGUUUUUCCCCAGUGGCCACUUGCAGUAUUGCAGCAAAAAAAAAAAUUCCCUGCAUUUUCCCCACUACUGCAUAUAUUCAAUGGGAAGGAUACUGCAGAAGUAAACCCAGGAGCUUGAAAACUUUUUCGUCAUAUGCACAAGAUGGCGUAAGCACCAUCUUGCCAUAUAGUGUCUAGGUUGUAUUAUUAAUCUAUGAAAAAGUCCCACUCCGUACAUAGAUAUAAAAGGCUCAUUCUAAGAUAACAAACAUGAAGAAUCUUAGUGUCAGGUGAUUAUAAACUAAUGAAAACAAUUAUGUUUCAUUCCUGCUAAUUUAUCCCCCUAAAAUUGCCAAAAUUUAGCCAGCUAGCACCUAUUAGCUAAUAGAUAACUUACUAGCUAGUAGCUAACUUACUAGUAACUUAGUCAUUUUUAAUCAACCAACUAGUUGCUGCUCUUUGACACACUGCACAGUAACUACUUGUUAGAUUUCUUUUUGUUUAACGUAACAAGGCUACAUAUGCUAUCUACCUAGCCAGCUAACUCCAGGCUCGCUUGUGAGCUUGGGUUUAUUAUUUAGCAUCAAAGUGAAGAGCUAGUGUCAGCUGCAGUAGCUAACAUUGUCUGGUUAAUUCAGAGUACUUUAGACAGUGUUGUGAUUCUGGAAAUAUCCCUAACAUUAGCUCCUGAGUUGAGUUUUGAAAAUGUCUCAUAUUUCACAGUUCAUUGGCUCUCUUAAAUGAUUAUUUAUUUCACAAUGUUUUAUUUAUUUAUGUAUUUUAGUAUUGGAUUAUUAUUUUUGACAUUUUAUUAUAAUCAUCAGCUUUCUGUCUCUGUAUCUUAACAGAUGAUUGUUCACUGCAAAAUUACAGAUUGGGCUCAACUUCACCUUAUGUCUAGACCAAUGAUUGGAUUUUGAUCACAAAUCUGGUUUGUUCCACACCUUAGUUUUGUCUGAAACAUUUAGAGUCUUUUGUUUUUACACCAGACCUAUUUCCUACCAAAUAGCAAUGACUUAAUGUUGUCUGACCAGUGGCGAUCUGUCACUUCGGCUGCUUUGUUGUGACCUGGCAAAUGGCUUGUGGAUCCAUCCUGAAGUGUAUAUUUCCAUUUAUAAGAGAAUUUCAGUCUAUGGUAGAGAAAUAUGGAAUGAUAUAAUACUGGAGAUGUGUAUAUGCAAUGUGGGGUUUACUACAGGGUAUGUGGACAAACUUUUUACCGAGUUGGUUUUUAUACAGACCUUCUGCUAUAAUAGGAACUAUUCUAAUAACCACACAUACAGUACACACACGACAUCUGCUUCUACAACUGUAAAGGACUUCUGUUACACACACACACACACACACACACACACACACACACACACACACACACACACUUGUACGUGAAAGAACAACCUCUGUUGCAUACCUGUAGGGAACAAGUCUCCCAGCUGUCCUUUGUGUUUGAGCCUGGGCUGCGUCUCAGCACUGUUACCACGCACCCUUCCUCUAAUCCCUGCAUAGACAUAAGCACUGAUGUGAUCAGUGAUUGUUUCAAGGAAAGGAUGAAUGUGAACAGUUUUGGAAAUGGGCCCGAGGCCUCUGAAGCCUCAUGGACUUCUUGCAGAGAGGCCGGAGAAAUGGAUUUAGGCAUCGCAGACAAGCUGUGCACAAUUGACUUCUAUCAUGAUUUUAAUUUCAUAUUUUGACUUUUGAGUUUUAGCAAAAAAUAAAAAGUAAAAAAAAACAAUUGUGAAAUGAUUUACCCUCUACUUAGCAUGACUUUUAAAACCUUUAAAAUGAUAUAAAAAAGGAAAAAUGAUAAUUGAAAAAAAAACCUAUGUACUGGAAACAUGUUAAAAAAGAAAUAUUGUAUUCUGUUUAAUUUUGACAGAAUUAUUUUUAUUAAAAUACAUCCAUAAGCAUA